AUGCUUCCCUGGCUAAAUGAAUAUCCAGACGGGGACAAGGCAGUAUUGCUGAAAGAAGGGUUUCAAGUCCGAUUUAAGAUUCCAGCAAAAGAUGGGGGGCGGACACACACAGUUGAAUCCAGAGUGGAAGAAUUUAUUUUAUUGGGCUUUUCAGAGCGCAAACACCUGUCCAGUUUUCUAUUUGCCCUGUUUUUUAUUAUAUAUUUAUUAACUUUGAUUGGGAAUUUUUUUGUAUUCCUCACAAUUCUAUGUGUCACUAAACUUCAUAAGCCAAUGUACUUUUUUCUCUCUAAUCUUUCUUUCAUAGACAUAUGCUAUACAAAUGUCACUCUUCCCCAGUCGCUGCUGCAGAUCUUAAAGACUUCAAAGAAGGUUUUGUUUGCCAAAUGCAUCACUCAGCUUUUCUUCCUACAGUUUUUCUUUGGCACGGAAUGGUUCCUUUUGGCAAUAAUGGCUUAUGACCGCUAUUUAGCAAUAUGUAAUCCACUGAGAUAUAGUACUAUUAUGUGUCAAAAAGUCUGUUCUUAUCUAGCAGCAGGAAUAUGGUUUUGUGGAUUUAUAAAUUCAUUGUUUAACACCCUUCUUGUGGCUCGUCUUUCAUUCUGUGGCCCUAAUGUUAUUAAUCACUUUUCCUGUGAUAUCCCUCCGCUCCUCAAGCUCUCUUGUUCCAACACUCUCAGUAAUGAAGUAACAGUUUUUCUUAUUGGUUUAUUUUUUGGUGUAAGCUCUGGCCUUCUGACACUUUUUUCCUAUGUUAAAAUUAUUGGGACUGUUCUGAGUAUACAAACAGUAGAUGGGAGACAGAAGGUGUUUUCUACAUGUGCUUCUCAUAUUACAUGCGUAUGUCUUUUUUACACUACUGCUACCUUUCGAUACAUGCGGCCACAGUCUAUAUAUUCUAUGGAUAUGGAAGACAAAAUAGUAUCGGUCCUGUACUCUAUUAUUACUCCUUUCUUAAAUCCCAUCAUUUAUACUCUCAGAAAUAAAGAAGUUAUUUCAGUAGUCAAAAAACUACUUUGUCGUAAGGUGUGGAUCCACCCUUCACACUCAUGA